GUUUUAGGUGUUUAUUCGGAUAUUCCGUGCUAGGGCAAAAGUCCAAUGGAGCGCAGCAAGCGAAGCGAGAAGGAGAAGAGCAGCAGUAGGUCGCGGCGAGAGCGCGAUAGGUCUAGGGAUGGCGACGCCGCCGAUCAUCGCGAGGAGAGCGGUAGAAGGGAGAAGAAAGAGCGAGAUCACGAUCGGAAUAAGGAGAAUUCGAAGGAUAAGGAGAAGGAGAGGGAUCGGGAGAGGGAUAGGGAUGAUCGGCGCAGGGACAGGGAUGCCGCCGAGGCGGGGGAGCACAAAUCCAGAAGGGAUAAGGAGAAAGAGAGGGAGAAAGCGGAGGAUGUCGACGGCGAUGAGCAGGAGAAAGAGGUAGCGGCGACGAAGGAGAUUGAGGAAUGGGUGAGGAAGUCGAGAAAGAUCGAAAAGAUUGAGAAGGUCAGGGCCAAGAAGGCAGUGCCGGCAAUUCGAUCGAUCGCUCAACAGGAUGAAGAGGUCGUGGAUGAAGAAGAUGACGAGGAGAGUGCGUAUAAAUCAAAGGAUCUAGCAGGAAUGAAGAUUCGACAUGGACUGGAGAAGAUAAUAGAAGGUGGUGAGGUAGUUCUUACUCUGAAAGACAGCAACAUCCUCGCUGAAGGAGAUAUAAACGAAGAUGCUGAUGAAUUGGAGAAUGUGAAUCUCACUGAGCAGACUGUGCGGAGCAAUGCAUAUCGUGAUGCCAAGAAAAAAAAAGGGACUUACGAAGACAAGUUUCAAAACGACAUCAAUACUGUGAAAUCGCUGUUACCUCAAUAUGACGAUGCUCCAAAGGACGAGGGAAUCCAACUUGACGAUUUGGGUGGAGUCAAUGAGGAGAGCCAGAAGCGUUUGGAGGAGGUCCGACUAAAGUUGCAAGGCGCAGCGCUGAAAAUGCAAUCGUUGCUGGGACCAGAAAACCAGGCAUCUGAUUUCUAUACCAAGGAAGAGAUGAUGAAGUUUAAGAAGCCGAAAAAACAAAAGAAAUUGAGGAAAAAAGACAUGCUGGACGUCGAUGCGCUUGAAGCCGAAGCAAAAGCUGCCGGUUUAGGUGCUGAUGAUCUCGGUUCAAGAGCAAAUAAUUCGAAGCCCAAACAAGAAGCUGAGGCGGAGGAAGAAGACGAGUUGUACAGUCGUUUGCAGAAGUCGCGUGAAUUGGCCAUUAGGCAGCGCAUACAGUCUACGCUCGGGCCUCAAGGAAUAGCCGCUCGUUUGAAACUGGAGGCUGCUGACGAAGAAAAAUCGAUGGAUGUGGAUAGUAAGACUUCAGUGGCCGAGAAAACCGUCGUUAUCACGGAGACGGAGGAGUUCUGCUUGAGCCUACAACCUGAUGAAGUUAUCAGCCGAAGAGCUGCAACGAAUGAUGCCUUCGGAGAUGAUGAGGUGGAUGGGCAAUCUGCGAUGGAAAUCCAUCAAGAAGAUGGGCGAACUGACACAAAGGUGAACGACGUCGUCGAAAAUGAAGACGACGAUGUCUUCGACGAAUUGCCAAUCAAAGAAGUAUCCGUCGGGAAAGGAUUAGCGGGUGCCUUGAGUCUCCUCAAAGAAAGGGGGAGCCUGAAGGAAUCAGUGGAAUGGGGUGGCAGAAACAUGGACAAGAAGGCGAGCAAACUUGUCGGUGUUUUGGACGAUGACAAAACCUAUGAAAGGGAUAUCCAGUUAGAUCGGCGAGACGAGUAUGGCCGAACGUUGACUCCCAAAGAAGCCUUUCGCCUAGUCUCGCACAAAUUUCAUGGAAAAAAUCCUGGAAAGAGAAAGCAAGAAAAGAAGAUGAAGCAGCACGAGGAGGAGCUAAAGCAGAAGCAGAUGGCAGCCGGGGACACGCCUUUGAGGUCUAUGGAGAAAAUGCGUGAAGUACAAAUGAAGACGAGCACCCCCUACAUUGUUAUGAGCGGGCACAUAAAGCCGGGGCAAACGAGUGAUCCAAGGAGUGGUUUUGCAACCGUAGAGAAGGAACCAAUUGGCAGCCUUACACCAAUGCUUGGUGACAAAAAGGUGGAACAUUUCCUGGGAAUAAAACGCCCGGCCGGUGACAUGGGGCCUCCGCUUUCAAAGAAAAAGGCCAGGACGUAGAUCACAUCUGGUUAGUUUCGUACAGGCUCUUCAGAAAUGAAGGAAGUCUUGAAGGUGUGUGGUUUUACUAUAAAUCUACCUCGAUGUGACGAAUUUUUUGUUAAGUUUAGGAUGGUAUGUCUUCGAGACAUUCUCCUUUACAUUCCAGAUGAGCUUGUAUCAGUUUGCUGAUCUUCUCUCCGUGAGGAGAGGGAGGCAUCCCCGCGCCACUCUCGGCCGUGUCAUUUGCUGGUUUAUCAUUUCCAUCAAGAUGUUGAGAGAUAAGCUCGUGUCGACUUUGUUGCAGGCCUCGGGAGGAGGCAGUGGUGGAUCCGAGACUUCGGCCGAGCCUUCGAGCAUCUUUACGACGUCAACCAUUGCAGGCCGCUGCCUGGGAUCCGGCUGAAUGCACCACACUCCGAUGCGAAGCAGCUUCUCGACUUGGACCUUUCUUGAGGUUGUUAACGAUCCAUGCGGUCAGGAACCUUGGGCUUGUCCCGCAAGACACACAGCUCCGAGUACGUGAAAUCACGCAGGCCGUCCUCAGCAGAUCCAGAUGGAAACGACUGCCCGUAAUGCUUGAGAGAGUACCACCACAAUCGCUGGCUUGGCUCUUCUAUGCGUAGACAAGUAUUGAGGAGAGCUGCGCGAGAACGAAAGUUUGGGAGCAUGAUGCACCUUAAGAGACAGUGACAAGGCUGGACUGGCUGGGUUGUGCGUCCUGUUUAGAGCAAAGACUUCGCUCAUCUGGAAACAGGGCCCUGCACUUCACUGGAGUAACGUUGUGGAGGGUGUAUAAGUGCCCGAAAGAUAUGCUGGCUCGCAUGGAGCUGUUCUCCUCCUCGAGCUCUAGACAGUCGCAUUGAUAUUCUCUGGGAAGCCAAGCAGGUCCACACGACGGAGGCAAGGUUUUUGCCGUGAACAGGGCGUUCAGACUGGUGGUGUUGCUGGUGUUACUGCUGUAUGACUGGGAGGUAAAUCGGAGCCCUCCAUCCGGAUACAGCUUGAGCAACUGGUAACCGGAAAGGUUGCUGUUGGAGAGGACGACAGUAGAUAUAUCUUUACUGUCAGAGCUCCAAAGCUCUCCAUAUGCCGGGAGGGUGGAGUACAAGACUACCGAGGAGCGUUUUACCUCAAGAGAGAAGUAUCCUGGUUCCUUGUUCUCGUUCGUCUUUGUUGCCACUAACUUCAUCCCUGGUUUUAGGAUCUGGCCAGGGAGCAACGCGUCGGUGGGAUGAUCAAAGCUCUGCCACAGCAAAGAACCACUGUCCGUCUGGAUGACGAGAUUUCCAGAGCUCUCGAGGGUCAUCAUCUGCGCUCCAGCGUUUGCUGUCCCCGUCGACCACACAAAGCUGCCAUCAAAGUCGCGCAGCACCAAGUCGCCAUCGAUCGUGAAGUUGAGAUAGGCACCGAGACGAACAGGCCUUGGAGUAGCUCUCCACACCACUGUCGCGCCCUGGGACUGGCUAUCAGGAGACGAGAACGCAAGGUGUGCUAAACCCGAGCGUCAUGGGCUUCGCGAAAAUGCCGAUCGGACCCUUGAUAACUAUGUUGGAGAGGUAGCCGAUCCUCCAGAUCGUGCUGGGCGUGGCAUAGACAUCGUGUGGAGUGGCACGAAGUAAAGAGAAGGAGAGGAGCAAGACGAUGAAGAUGAAGAGAAAACGCUGCAUUGGGUGCUUGAAGACAACGAGCAAGCCUGGGAAAGAGGUGAUUGCGAGGGAUGGGUUGUAAGGUAGCGUGAAAUCGAUCGGCUUUAGCGCAUCGUGGUCUCAGGAGGACAAGAAUGGUUUCGUUCUUCUCGAGGCUGUAACGUUGUCCCCGAGAGUCUGACCGCGAGAGUAUAAGCCCUAAAGGGCGCCAAAAGCA